AUGAUUAAAAGUUUCCGAAUAGCGAAAAACGACGCUGAAGUAUCAAAGUACAGUGGGUACUUGGCCUCGGCGUUUUCACUAAGUCAAUUUGUAAGUGCAGUACAAUGGGGAAAAGCAUCUGACAAAUACGGAAGAAAACCAACUAUACUAUUAGGUUGUUUGGGAACAGCUAUUUCCAUGAUUGUUUUUGGAUUUAGUACUAAUUUUUAUAUGGCCUUAAUUGCAAGAACCAUGAUGGGGCUAUUGAACGGGAAUGUUUCAAUAAUGAGAACAACCGUUGGUGAAAUAGCCGUAGCGAAAAGACACCAAGGUAUUGCUUUUUCUAAUUUAUCGCUUAUUUGGUCCCUUGGAAAAGCUAUUGGAUAUUACCUCUCUGGAAAAUUGACAGAUGUUGAUCAUUAUAGGGAUUACAAAAGAGAUCUUGACGAGAAGAAGGAAAAUGGAUUGUUCGAUAAAUACCCAUUUGCAUUUUCCAAUAUAGUGGUUGCGUCACUAAUUUUUUGCUUCAUUAUCCUUGGUUGGCUUUUUCUUGAAGAGACUCAUGAUGACAUAAAACGAAAGAGAGAUAUCGGUUUGGACGUUGGAGACAAGAUCAGACAGUUGUGUAGGUUUGAAACUCUAGACCGACCUUGGCAUCUCAAGGACGAGAGUGAAGCUCGCCUAAUGUCAAUCUCAGAUGAAGAAGAUUACGAAAUGGAACUGCUCAACAACGAUAAUAGCACUCAACAAGCUCCUGUCAUAUCAAAAUCUAUCAAAGUGCUUACUAUACAUAAACGGGUAUAUCAUAGCAUUCAUCGGGUCGAUGAAUAUGUCACAAUUGACUUUAUUGAUUCAUUGUGCUACCCGAAAAAAGAACCGCGCAUUGAUAAAUUCAUAUACUAUUUCCGUGACAGCAUUAGCCCGGUUUAUAUCGCCUCUAAUAUGGGGUUAUGUGAUGACACUUUCUGA